CACACCUUCAAAGGCUGGCCCAUCUGCCUCAGAAGCGCCGAAGACUAUCCAGAAGCUUGGCGGGCUGUCAUCAGAGUGGAGACCGGAUUGUGUUGAGAAGGACAUUGGAGGGCCAUCCAGACUGUUGACCCAGGCUCAGAAGUUCAGCACCCAGAAUGGCAACUGCUAGCACCUCAGGACAGAGCCCCUUCGGGCUGGGCCGGAGAAAGAGAUCUCCUGGUAUCCUGGAUCAGAUUGGCAAGUUCUUUGGAGGGGAUAAGAAGAAAAGGGGCAAGGGUUCAUUCCGGGGUCACCUGUCCUCAUCACCCCAAAGACCCCAGCAUUCCUCCACCCGGCGCCGUGGAGAUGUGAACCCAGUCCUGCACUUCUUCAGGAGCUUUGUGUCCUCUCCUCGUCCCAAGUCGAGGUGGAGGGAACUCUUGGGCCUGGCUUCGCCAUCGACGCGGGGCUCCGAGAGUAUCAGAUCCCCCCACAGACGCCGCCGAGAACAGAACACACUCUCCAGAAUCUUCAGCCUGGGAGAAAGCAGAUCCCGUUCUCCACCCAAACGCUGGAGCACCAUCUUCUGAGACGGGAAAGAGCCAGAUGGACGAGAAGGGAAAGGAUGAGGACGUGAAAGGAGAAGCAGAGGGUUUCUGCCCUGCAGACUCACACCUUGCUACGAGCUUAACAAACUAAUACCAACCACAUCCGCUUGUCAGACAGAGAUACAAUCCUGGUAUCUGAAGUUAUACAUCUGUAGGGUUACAUGCGGACAAGAUGACUGUGGGAAGUCCACCGAAUUGCUGUUGAGGUGGCCGGUGGUCUCAGUGGUCCAACUGUCUUUUGACAGUUCCUUUGCUCGUUGUGUUUACUUGGAAUGAGCAGCCAAAAAACAUUAUAAUAGGCCAGUACAAUACAAGCUCUUGUCUAAACACGAUGAGUCUUCUUGACCAUUUGGAGGCCAUCUAGGCCAUCAGGUUUAUGAAGUCACUUUUAGGACUAUUAGGCCACAAUGGCAAGCGUAACUGCACACACAAUGAUAUUAGCAUAGCACACUAGCUUUUACCAGUAGUUCCAAGCUACAGGAACUCGUAUCUUCAUCCAGUUAAGUUGAAACAUCAAGGCAGCACUUGAGCUGAUGGUCCCAAACCUGAUUUCUAACUGCAGCAAACUUGGAAAACAAUGGAAACAACGGCAUUCCCAGCAGUUGGGUCAAGAGCUAGCAUUCUCUGGUUCAUCAAAGCUUGCUUCCAUUCUCUGUCUGUCGUUUUUCCAUGUGACAUUCACAAUACGUGUACUUGCAUUUGAUGCAUCAUUCAGCAUCGCAUCAAGCCUUCUUCUUUAAUCCCUGUACUACUGUGAGAAGCGUUCCCCGAAGCAUGGUUAUUUUAUGUGAGUGUAGCAUAUUUGUGGAUAUUUGCGUGUUUUUGUGGUUGUAAAGUGUCCUGUUGUGUACAGUUUGUUUCUUCUGUGUUAAGACCUCUGUAGUACGUUGGUUUGUGAGCUACUUAAAAGGGACUUUAUAUUUUUAACACUCAAAUGUUGUAUAUUCUUAAUAAAUGGUAUAGAUUUUGAAACAUCAUUAAGUUACGACGGGUAAUAAAAUAACUCUCCAAAUUGGAAAUCGUUAUCCAAGCCAGUAGAGAUGAAUGCCCUUACAUUGCACUGCGGUAGUAAAAUGCUUACAAUGGUCAUUUAUUUAAACAGCUUGGAAGUAGCAUGUGUGACACUAGCUGUGUAAUGAUAUGUUGGAAAUGUUUCAUAUUUACUGAAAUAUUUUUCAAAUAUUUAUUAGGGACUAAUUCUUUGUCUAUAAUAUACAUAACGAAAGGAGAGAGAGGCAGAAACCUGGGUUUCUACGAGUUUUAAAGGUAGUGAAUGUGUGAGAAGAGCAAGACGGACGUGAGAGCGAAGAACUUAAAGAACGGCAAGUGGAAAAGUGAGGCAGACUGAAGCCAGUGUUUGUGACAGGCUCCCGUUCAUAACGUGUCCUGAUUCUUGUGCAUUGUUUUGUUUCUCAUAUACAUUGUUUCUCGUUCUUUGCAUGUACUGUUUCUGAAUAAGUGCUGAAUAUACAAUAAAUGUCAGUUUCACUCCCCAUCAGCGCUGGAUAUGUCUCGAAUGGUGCUAAAGAGUUACACAGAAUAUUUUAGAGUGGCCAACUUUCUAGAUUAUGAUUAUGUAAUACUUUUAACCACUACAUCAAAUAAAGAUUCCUAAAUUUA